AUGGGAACAAGAUGGAGCCGAGAAGGGAAACAAGAUGUGUGGAGCCAAGGUGGGAACAAGAUGGAGCCAAGAUGGAGCCAAGGUGGAGCCAAGAUGGAGCCAAGGUGGGAACAAUAUGGAGCCAAGAUGGGAACAAGACGGAGCCAAAAAGGGAAACAAGAUGGAGCCAAGGUGGGAACAAUAUGGAGCCAAGAUGGAGCCAAGGUGGAAACAAGAUGGAGCCAAGAUGGGAACAAGAUGGAGCUAAGAUGGGAACAAGAUGGAGCCAAGAUGGGAACAAGAUGGAGCCAAGAUGGGAACAAGAUGGAGCCAAGAUGGGAACAAGAUGGAGCCAAGAUGGGAACAAGAUGGAGCCAAGAUGGGAACAAGAUGGAGCCAAGAUAG